AUGGAUGAUGACACGGUCGGGGUGCGUCCUCCACCCCCUGGCGUCACCCCGGAUUUCCAUUCCACGCCGUGGCUACACCAGGCUAAUCGCAUCACCGUCGCAGUUGGACUGACAGUGUCCACGCUUUUUCUCCUGAUGCGACUGUAUACCAAGGCGUAUGUGAUCAGAAAGCUGUGGUGGGAUGAUGUAUCAAUUGUCCUUGCUUGGAUCUUCUCCAUCGGGACUCAAGCAACGAUUCUUUAUGGCUACGCACAUUCAAGCUUCGCAAUCCACAUCUGGAACAUGCCUGUCUCUCGUCUCGUCGCCUACCGAACGACAAUUCUGGCCGUCGCAGUCCUAUAUCUCCCCGCGCUGGCGUUUGCCAAACUCGCCGUCAUCAUGCUGUACUAUCGCGUGCUCAAAUCGGUGCGUAUGUGGCAGUAUAUCCUGUGGGUUCUUGGAGCCGGCAUCUCGGCAUACAGUCUCUCUCUCGUCCUGGGGCUCAUCUUCGCCUGCCAUCCUAUCCAGGCGGGAUGGACCGUGUCUCCCCCUGCGGCUUGUAAGCGUCGAUCAGGGCUGUACAUGGGAACAGCCAUUGCGAACACAGCCAGCGAUGUGGUCUUGCUGGCCAUCCCGGUCACUUUUCUAUGGGGGAUGCAUCUCCCACUGCUGCAGAAAAUAGGGAUCAUGUGUUUAUUCGGGAUCGGAUGUCUGACGGUGAUCACCAGUAUUGUCCGCCUGGUGACGUUGAUCCCCUUGUUGGCGUCGAAUGACCAACCGCAUAAUAUCGGCCUUGCCUGUCUUUUUAUAGCCAUCGAGGCCAAUUUCAUCAUCCUGUGUGGCUCUGCUCCCUAUCUUCGCCAAUUCUUCCGCCAUCAUAAAGACUGGAGUCCAAGAAUGCGUGUUUCGUCGAAAGAUACAUCCAGGACAGAGAGACCGGGAGGCAUUGAGAUGGCUACGGGUGAGUCUUAUGAAUUGGAGUAUAGCACUAGAGUGUAA